AUGAAGCAUCCAUACAGCUUUGCAGCCGCCUUCAUCGGCUUAGCUCCUGCUUUUUCCGGGGCAUUCAAGCAUAAGUCUUCCACAACGACGACGAUAGCACCAGAGACGAGCACUGACUUCGCACCAACUCCAACAUUCAACCCAAAUCCCCCAAUUUGUGGUGCCGGCUUUACCUACUGUGGCUACAUCCUUCGGGAUAGCCAGAACUUCAACGAGUACGACAUCCUCCAAACCUACUGCUCCGCCCACAAGCAUAACUGUCCCAACGGCAAGCCCCGUACAGACCCAUACCAAGCCCUCUACCUCUGCGUACCCCCUGCUGCCCCCGAACAACCCCAUGGAAAGUCCCCGGUGCCACCACCGCGUCUGCCAGACCAGCCCAACCCGCUGGACGUCAACUACAACGACAACGAUUACCAUUACGCGGGGGGCAACGACACCAACCCCUACACCCUGGCCUACGCCGUUGUCUAA